AUGCGCGUGCAGAACGUUUUGAAAUUGUCGGCAGUACUGCUGGUGGGCGUGGCUUAUUAUGUAUAUUAUCCUUUCCCCGCUGAUGCUGACGAACCGUGGAAAAUGAUGUUGUCUAUGGUCCCGAUACGGAUCGUUAACCAUGUGUGUGCCUUUGAAGAAAACAUUGGUUACUCGUCCUCUGUCCACUGCAGAAGAUGGUUUUCACAAUUCUUGACUACAGAUCGAGAACUGAGUGACGAGGAUUUGGAGGUAACGGAGCCCUUAUUUGGAGGUGUAAAAGUGAGACUCUAUAUUCCAAAAGAUUCCAACCGAGAUCGUACUGGCUUUGUGUACAUACAUGGUGGCGGAUGGUAUUUGGGCAACGUCAAUAUAUACGACAGGAAGACACGGGAUAUUGCCAGGUCUGUGAAGGCAGUAGUUGUGUCAGUAGAUUACCGACUGACCCCGGAACAUCCGUUUCCUAUUCCACUACAAGAUUGCCUAAAUGCUACAACUCAUUUCCUUAGAAACGCUAAAGACUACGGAGUGGAUCCAAGUAGAAUCGGAAUUGGAGGUGAUAGUGCAGGGGGAAAUCUUGCUAUGGCAGUAGCGGUGAAACUUUCACAGUCAAGGGACACAACUCUACCAUCUUUACGUACCUUGUCACUAGUAUACCCUGCAUUACAGAUGGUUGACUUCAACUUGCCUUCCUACCUCGCCUACACAGAAGGACCUUUCUUACUUAAGAAGCAGAUCAUGAUUUCUGCAUGGCUUAAUUAUGCCUUCGGCAAUGAGGAACACAUAACAGAAUUUUUUAAUAACAGACAUAUGUCGCCUGAGUCGUGGAAAAACAUCAGACAUUAUGUGGAUAAUUCGUUCAUUCGGGGAAAUGUUGGCGCCAAGCAGAUUAAUGACAGAUUAAAUUUUAACGAAAGUCUUGCUAAAGAUGUAGAGGCUAUUGUAUCUAAUCAGUUUCUGUCGCCAUUAUUAUCGACUGACGAAGAUUUACGGAAACUCCCGAAGAUGCUAGUGUUUACUUGUCAGUAUGACCCACUUUUAAACGACGGUAUGAUUCUUGUCAAGCGUCUCCAAAACCUUGGUAUUCGCGUUUCCUAUCAACAUUUUACUGGAGUUCAGCACGGGUUCUUUUCAUCAAGAUUUGUCUUGGGUAAGGGAAAACAGGCGUUAUCAGCGUAUAAAGAUUUUUUGAAGAAAGAACUUUAA